CUCUAGCAACGCGAGAUUUGUGUCAGUGCAGAAACCAAACAUGUCGGCUUUCAAGAGAAAACGUGGAGGACGAGGUCCCGUCGAUAAAAAGGCAAAGAAAGCAAAAAUUGUUGCAGACAGAGGUGAAGCACCAAGGGAAACCGAACGGGAGGAGAAAAAUGAAAUCACAGUUCCAGCACCGGUUUCGUCGGGCAAAUGGACCAACAAGGAAAGAGUUCUCAUUUUCUCCUCAAGAGGCAUCAACUUCAGAACAAGACACUUGAUGCAAGACCUGAGGACCAUGAUGCCUCAUUCAAAAGCAGAUACAAAAAUGGACAGAAAGGACAAGUUGUUUGUAGUUAAUGAGGUGUGUGAAAUCAAAAACUGCAACAAAUGCCUCUUUUUUGAGGCCAAGAAGAAGCAGGACCUCUAUAUGUGGGUUUCAAACAGCCCUCAUGGACCUUCUGCAAAGUUCCUGGUUCAGAACAUUCAUACACUGGCUGAACUCAAAAUGACAGGAAACUGCCUCAAAGGAUCCAGGCCGCUGCUGUCAUUCGAUCCGAAAUUUGACAAGGAGCCCCAGUAUGCUUUACUGAAGGAGCUUUUCAUCCAGACAUUUUCCACUCCACGCUACCACCCUAAGAGUCAGCCUUUUGUGGACCACGUCUUCACAUUCACCAUUGCAGACAACAGGAUAUGGUUUAGAAACUACCAGAUCAUCGAGGAAGAUGCCUCUCUAGUGGAGAUUGGUCCUCGAUUUGUUCUCAACCUAAUCAAGAUCUUUCAGGGGAGCUUUGGUGGGCCUACGCUGUAUGAAAACCCAGGGUUCCAGUCUCCUAACAUGCACCGGCGAGAGAUCCGACUUGCAGCAGCAGCCAAAGUGCGUGAGAAGCAGAUGGUGAAGGAGAUGCAGAAAAUGAAGAGGACUGAUACGAAGGUGGAUUCGGUCAGAGAUGUUACAGCUGACGUCUUCCUGACACCAGCUGAGGAGAAGCCUGUUCACAUUGAAACAGAAGCACCUGAGCCAAAAGUGUCAAAGAAAAAACAAAAACCUUUCAAAAGGCAAAGGAUGCAGAUGGCACGCAGGUAGCUGGAUGGACUGGAUGAAGCUGACUGAAUGACUUACUGCUGCCAUGAGUCAGUUUUUUUUUUUUUUUUUUUUUUUAAGGUUAUAAUAAUACUUCCUCAUUGAAGUAUCAGAUUUGACAGUCCUAGACAUAAAUCUUAAUUAUGCUCAUGUUGUGUUCAAUGUCUGUUGCGAUAAUUUUUGAAUUCAUACAAUAUAUAUGUUGCUCCCUCAUCAUCAAGAAUUGUGUAGGUGGUAGCUGACCAUAAAAGUUGCCUAUUCUUUUUGAUAAAAUAACAUUUUCCAUCAGUGUAAAAAACAAAACAAAAACUUGUUUAUUGAUUUUGAUUGACCACAGUUUUCUAUGUCAUGGAAAUAAAACGAUUCAAACUUA